AUGGCGGCGCAUGUGAGAUGGAAUCUGUUGCAACUUUUACGGUUACAGAUAUCUUCGCAACAAAUUAGGUUUUCAGUCAAAGAGAGGAGUCAGUCCUACUCCAUGUGCUUGGCUAAAAAGCACAGAUUUCAGCACCAACAGCCAACUGACAAAUCAUUCUUAGUGCGAUGGCUGUCAGUUUUGACAGAAGAUACACCAAAUCCCUGCAGUUUGAAGUUUCUUCCUGGAAAGCCUGUGGUGGGGAAAGGAACUUUAGAUUUCCCGACUUCUAGUUCUGCUGAGUGUUCAUCUUUAGCAAGCAGAAAUCUUUUUCAGAUCAAAGGGGUAAAGAGAGUGUUUUUUGGUCCAGAUUUUAUCACACUUACUAAGAUGGAUGAUGAUAUGCAGUGGACAGACAUUAAACACCAUGCAAUUGAAAUCAUCACUAAAUUCUUUGAGGAUGGAGAACCUGUCACAACUGGAGUGACGAAUCCAGAGAGUAGUGUCUUGGAGGAGGAUGAUGACAUUGUCUCAAUGAUUAAAGAGCUUUUAGACACUCGAAUCAGGCCCACUGUACAGGAAGAUGGCGGUGAUGUCAUCUUUAAGGGCUUUGUUGAAGGCACAGUGAAGCUGAAACUGGUUGGCUCUUGCACGGGUUGUCCCAGCUCCUCGGUUACACUGAAAAACGGUAUUCAGAACAUGUUGCAAUUCUACAUACCAGAAGUAGAUGAUGUGGAGCAGGUAGAAGAUGAAGUACAUGAAAUCAGCAUGAAGGUCUUCUCGGAACUGGAGCAGAAAUUACAAGACUCAUGAGCCCAUACUAUGUGUGUGUUGUCUUCACAUUGCCAGUGUCUAGCAGAGUAAAAAUUAGGAUUGUCACAUCUUAAAAUAAUUAUAACAUACUUUGAGCAGGCAUACAAAGUAGCGUGAUAAUUAUAUUACAGCCAUCUGAAAUGCAUUUAGACCGCUAGGUAUAUUUUACCUUUGCUGUAAAAUCUUGUUUCUCAAGUGUUUUAAUCCUUCAACCAGUAAAUCAAUAGAAAAGUCACCUGAGAAAACUGAAUAUAUAUAAACAAAAUAAAUUCCAAAUUACAAAAUAAUUUUUAAAUAUGCAGAUUAAAAUAAAACACCUUAAAUAAUCAUAAUUCACAUAUAAAUUGCCUUGUAAAAGUAUUCAGCCCCCUUAAAGAUUUGUCUGAAUUAGAAAUGAUACCUUGAUUUGUUGUGCUAUGUCAUAUUGUUUUAAAAAAAUAUCCCUCAUGUCCCUCAAAUUAAAGUGAUAUUGGUUUUAUGUAAGAAAUUGUUGUGACCGUUACAAUUUCAAUUACUAAUUGAAAAUUCUUAAUGCCUUAAUAUUCAGUCCCAGUGCUGUGAAAGCUCCAUGGUUGCACAUAUAAAUUAUUGUCAUAAAGAGCACUCAGUUGGUUUUCAAUUGGCUUCUAUCUAUGAAUAAUUAAAACGGUGGUUCCACCAAAUACUGGUCUCAAAGGUUGAAAUUCUUAUGCAAGUUUAGUUCAGCAAAUCACAUGACAAAUAAUUAUAACUGAAGAUUUUUGGCAGGGAAGACCUGUGACAUUUGUAAGACAGGAAUUUAAUUGCUUUUAAGGGAUUUGCAAGCACUAUAAAUGGUAAGGAUAUUGACUGGUAAAUGUGAUGGGUUUGCUUGUAUUCAGGGGAGAUUUGUUGUAGUAUACUAAAGAAGAACAUGCAAAAUUGUUCACUUCAGGGUGCAGCUUGAUUAAACAUUGUUAAAUGUUUCAUUUAGCAUUGCAAUUAUUUUGAACAUUCAGGUCUUAUUUUAGGCUAAUGUAAUAGUUCAGCUGUAUAAAAUAAUCCAAACUCAUUUGAGUAAUAAUUGGUGUUUGUUUAAGCGCAAAACAUAUAUAAACAUCUUAAAGUCCUUGUUAAAUACAUUUUCUCCACCUCCUGCAUUAUAUAGGAGUCUUUAAAACAUUUAGUAUGAAUACUCAGCCUGGAGUUUUCAUUUUAGAUUUAAUUUUCAUUUUACCCAAUAUAAUUUAUUUGAAAUGUAAUUUUAUUCAGUCUAGAAAUUGACAUUUAAUGUGAAUAUAUUUCAUAAUUACCAAAUAUUGCAUUGCUGACAGUGCAGCCAGAACUGCUGCACUGCCAAGUGGUUGUAAAUAUGCUGUGGGAAUAGAGCCAUCUUUUCAAUCAACAAUGCAAAUUAUCCACUGAAAAUCAAAAGAGCACUGAAUAUCGAAAAAGCAAUUAAGAUAUAUCUUAAAGUUUGUUUCAAGCAAUUCAUAAUUAAGGUAUAUAUUGUACUUCAUCAGUAAGUUCAAUAUUGUAACUAUUUAACAAAAAAUUAAGGCUUAAUUUCCAAACCACCAAUAUUUAUUUUGUUACAUUUGAAUACAAGUGUGCAUGUUAUCCAGUAGAAGGAUUUCAGGGAUAUAGCAAGAUGUUUUGGUAAAUAUGAACUCUUUAGACCAGAUUUCUUUCAGGUAUUAAAUUACCAUUUUACAUGUUUAUGUCUGCAAGAUUAUUUACAACAGAUUAAGAUGCUAUAGGUUUGACAGAAAGCUUUUGGUUUAGUUUAGAAAAAGUCUGAAUAGUGAUAAGCCUGGAAAAAAAGUGUCUUAAAUUGUUUAAUAUUAAGUUCUUGUCUGUUUAGUGUAGGGUAGAAUUUGAGAAUCACACUGGAGUGGAUAUUUCAUCAAAUAUCUGAGUUUGGAAUUCAAUUAAAUAAUGCAAAAUAAGAA